AUGCCCAUCGUCAACCACGUCGUCCUGGCCUCGGGCGCCGCCGUCGCCGUCUCCGUCGCCGUCGCCACCGCCGUCGCCAUCUACGAGUCCCCCGAGCUGCGCCGCUACGCCGACGACGUCCGCCGCCGCAUCGCCAUUGCCCUGCAUUCCAUCGGCGACGGCAUCGAGCCGCCGCACCGGGAGCCGCGCUUCAACCGGCCCGAGGACGCCGACGGCUUCAUGCUCUCGCGCGGCGCCCAGCCCGGCGUCGACGCAGACGACGAGACGCGCCGCAGGCAGCGCGAGGAGCUGCUCUACUGGAACAGCCUGCGCCUGCGGGCAAAGGACGAGGACAAGUCUCAGGACGAGGCGCCCCUCGCUGCUGCCGCCACUGCUGCCGCCCAUGUACAAAGGCCCUCCGCCGUCAGUCGGGGACCUUCUUUUGAUGACUUUUUGCGGCAGGAUGGUGAUGCAGAGGACGGCACCUACGUCUUCAACAGCGGAGCCGACGCCAGACACACCCCGGCCGCCGGUCUUCGUCACCGUGGCGAGCCUGCACCGCGGGCGCUCGGCACAUCGCUCUACGCCAACCCCUUUGCCGACGAAAACUGCAUCGGCCUCGAUGACAUGUCCGAGAUGGCGGCCAGCCACGUCCCCCCCGUCAAGGAAGAAGCCAUGUCGGACAUUUACAGCGCCACCACGCGCCAAUCAGACGACUAUCGCAGCGCCACCAUGGAGCCCUCGCCCGUGCUCAUCGACACCGCGCCCGCCCCGGCGGAGCCAGAACCCCAACCGGCUGAAACGCUGGAGCGCGUCCUGGCCGACGACGAGUACAUGUCGGCCGGCCAGGAAGACCGAAACGAGGCCUACGCUUCGAUCCAGGCGUGGGCCCAGGACUCGAGCCGCAACUUCUACUCCCCCCUGCCCGUGACCCCCGCCGCUCCCGCGUCCGAGCCCGAGCUCGUCAGCGACGGGCAGCUCACGCCGACGGACUCGGUGUCGCUGGCCGGUUCUGGCGAGGAUAUUGCCAACGAGGCGCAGUCGUCGCGGGCGGGAGAGACGGGGCGGCCUUACGAUGUGUUGAGCGAGAGCGAGGGCAUGCUGACGCCAGCCAGCUGGUCCGAGGUCGGCAGCGUCGUCAGCGAGAGCGAGGCCCACGGGCCCGUGCAUGCAUAG